CGGUUUGUAGACGCGACGAGUGAAUGAAUGAAUGGAUGAAUCAUGGCGUACGUGUCCGCACAACGUUCGCAAAAAAAAAGAAAAAAAAAGAGAAGAAAUGUAAACAAAGCGUCGCUUGCGAGACUCUCGUGUCUCUAUAAUUAUUAUGCAAUCGUCGGCUUCCUUAUCUGCAUAACCAUUUUUCAAUCUCUCUCUCGCAUGGCGAAGCGAAAGGUCAAGUUGAUUUCUCUGGCCAUGAUUUUACGAAAUUCCCUCGUGACGGCGGGUCGCUGGAGCUUGUAAACAUAUUUAUACUUUUAGUUGGCGAUGUGCUCUCGUUACAAGUAGUUGAGCGACUUUUUCUUUGGCAAAAUGUUGGUCUCGAAACUAACGGUGCUAGCGCUAGCGUUGUACGUAGCGUUGCAACAGUGCGACGCGAUCUAUUGGCAUACGAAAUAUUUUCAGGCUCCGAUGAAUAACCAAACCGGUAUGACUUUAGUGUUCGACAGGCGCACUUUCACGGAUGCAAGAGUACCUUACGCGGCGUGUUAUCCGGGCGAUCUGCACAAACUCUGUACAGUAAGGCGUUUCAAACGCAUCUACGGAAAAGAUCAAGAAAAGAUCUACCAGUGCAACGUAACGAUCGAAGCCACAAAGAAACACUCUUUGAUCAGUAAUAAAAUGCGCCUAGUGCCGUUCGGGGAAGAUCGAGCGAUCCUCGCUUACUUAGAGAAAACACAGUUUCAAACGUUCCUUGGAGUCAUCAGUGUAACUCUUAAUGGUUGCAAGCAGCACCGUCUACCAGAUAUUUAUCAAAUUAAUGAUGACAUCAUCAACGAAGACUACGAAUUUGAAAUGCUCGCUCUGCCAUCGGACGAUAGCGAAUAUCACGUCGUUUAUCGUAAUUCAAAAUUGUGCGGUGAUGAUUAUUGUAAAUUUAGAGUUGAUCCUGAACGGAAUAUCAUUCACGGACCCGAGAGAUGGUUUAGUACUGGUUUCCAGAGACUUCAACAAAUUGUUGAGUUAGUGUCGUUUAGGACGAAAUAUCACAAAUUUUUGAUACUCGAAAUUGGACACGGGAUGAGCCAGUUUUCCUUGAUAAACGAACAUAAUGAAGUGAAGGUCCUUGAUAUUCAUAAACGCCAUUCGAAUGAUACUUCUGAUGUAACUUCUGAUUCCGAAAUACCCUUUAAAGCUUGGACCUUAGCGUACACGACUGCAAACGAAAGAGUCGGUAUAUGUAACCUUCUCUACUCGAAACUCGAUUGCGUUCAAUAUGACGAGUUUGGAGUAAAAGUAUACAAUGCAGAACAUCGAUUUGGCAAAAUCGAUGACAUGUGGAUAUCUGCAAUGCACAACUUACCAGGUGGUAAUGGUAUUCUGGUACUCUUGAUCGAUAACGUUUACAACCGUUACAAAGUUCUUCACUUCGAUGCAAAUGGCAUGGAAGUUGGUCGAUUAUACGUUAAAGAUUUUGAUUGUAAUUGGAAUGAAAAUGCUAUUGCCGCACAAUUUUUCGAAGAGAAUGGUGGAUAUUGCGUGUCCUUAGCAUGUUACGAUACCAGCAAGUCUAGCUCGGCGAAAAAGGAUAAGAGACAUGUUCAUAUUACGACAGAGCAAUUUUUAUUGUCGGAACUCGAAUUGACUUCAUAGCUAAUUAAAAUUUUUUGGAAUUCGUUCAAUCUAUACCACUGUUUUAUUUAUAUUCAUCUAACAUUCUCAAGUAUUUCAUCAUUUAUAAUAAGUGGAAUUGUUCCAAAAUCUAGUCAUAUGAUAAAAUAUUUAUAAAUGGAACAGUGUCAAUGUUUUAUCCAUUACUUCGUGUAUUAUCUAAUGUUGUAUUUUCAAUUUUAAUAUAAUAAAAUUUUAUAAUAACUUAUUUUAACAAUUGAAAAUAAUAAUGUUAUCGUGGAAGAUUGACCCAUUAUUGUGUAGGUCACUUUUAAUAAUUUAUGAAAUUCCAUUCAGACUUUUAACUUAAGCCAACUAUCAAGUUUUCUCGAUUAUAUACUAAUUGAUUUCGUUUAUAGAAGGUAAAAUAUGAAAUAACAUAAAAAAUUUUGUUUGCCAUAUAUAUUAAAACUAGGAGCAUUACAAUACUUUUUCUUACACAAUUAUUUUUUAAUCCGUGCCAAUCAUUUAAUAAUUUAAUGUUUUAUAUUUUAACACAAGUAACCAACUUAAUGAUUAUUAUAAUUUGAGUAGAAACAAUUAUAAUUUUAUUUUGGUGUUUUCAAAUAAUACAAAAAAUUUCACGAUUCUUUGUAUUUUGUCCAAUGAGUGCUUAUUCAUUGAUAAAAGAGAAAUCAGUAAGUUGAUUCAUCGGCUGUUCAAAAAUAUGGUCAGUAGGCAAACAGUAAUACACAUGUAUGGAUAAUGAAUAUUUGCUCUCAAUUUCAAACAUCAGACAUUAGAAAGAAGUAACGCGCAUGAGAUAAAUUGCUUUCGUAUUUCUAAAAAUUGUAAUGUUAAAGUAUUAAUUGAUGUGAUAAAAAAAUGGAAUGAAAUGACUUCAUCAUGAUUUUGUUUACAUAAUUAAUCUAAUAUAUAUAUAUUUAUGUAUUACAAGGCAGAGAAAACGAUACAAGUUGAUGGACUAGAGCGAUAAAGGUAAUAUGAAUACAUUUUGGCUCAUUUAUUGUAGUAAUUUUUUCAGAAAAAAUUCCUGAAAAUGAUCAUGUAAAAGUUACCUUUGAAAAUUCAUUUUCAAAUUUAUUUUUGAAGAAAUCGAUGCCAUAUAAAUCGUAAUUAAUUGAUGGUACUUUUAUUACAGUAAUCUAAUAAUUUAUAUUGUUUUCUGUGCGUUAUUAAAUCUUGAAGCAAGGAUUUUCCUUUAUUUCUAUAUCUAUAGAUAUGUAUGGAGGGGCCUUAACAAAUGAGCUCAUUUAAGAUAUAAAAUCUGCGAGAUAGUUUUCGCUCUUUAAAAAGCGAUUCAUCAUGAAUUGUUGACAGUCUUUGUUAAACCUUAGAAUAAAUAUCACCCGAAAAAAUAGCUGAUCAUUCAUUUCAUUUACUUAAAAAUUUUCAAAAUUGUAAAGUGGAAUUUUUACUCAAAAGUAAUUGUGUGAUUUUAGUCAUAUGUAUAUAGUUUUUCCAGUUUAUUGACAUUUCCGUUGUACGUAUUUUAGAUUCAUUAAAAUAAUUUUUCUUGAAUAUUCGUUGUCAAAUGUGUCAAAAUGUUGAUUGGUAAAUAUUUAGUUUUCAAUUGAAAAAUAGACUGAUAUCUUCAUUUAAAAAUGGAAUAUUCUUUUUAAGACUGAUUACAAAUAAUUUCCUAAUAUUUGUGCCGGAUGCUAAUGUUAAUCAUUCUUAAUUUCAGAUAAAAAAUUAUCAAUGACGUGAUUAUUUACAAAGUUGUAUUUUCCAAGAAGACCAUUCGGCAAAACAUUAAUUAUAAGGUUGUUAAGUUGCAGUCUGAACACCUAUUGAAUGUUACUCCAUUAACAACAUUACACAACAAUGUUGUUUACUAAAAUUGGCUUUCUUUUUAUACUUUUUGUUACUUUACAACAAUGCAGUGCUCGAGUAACGUCUUUCACAAAGAGCAUACACCAACCCACAAAACAAUUAAUAUUCGACGGUCGUACUACAAGAGAUCCUAGAUUAUAUUACGCAGUGUGCGACUCGUCGACAGUCGCCAAAAAGUGCAUAGUCAUACGUGAUAAGGAGCCAUAUGAAAAAGGAACUGAGGAGUGCGAAGUGACUCUCCGAGCGAGUGAUAACAAUGCAAAAGUCAAGCAAGUUCGUGUUUUACCAUUCGGCAAAAAUAGAGCAAUUCUUCUUUGGCACCAGCAAACGGAUUCAGACUCAAUACUCGGCUUGACGAGUGUCAAAUUCAGCGACUGUUCAAUGCAUGAAGUUAGAACUCCAUUCUUUGACGACAGCAUCGGCGAAGAAUAUCUUCUAGAAGUGCUAGAUGCUGCUACCUAUGAAAAUUCGUACGAUGUAGCUUUUAAGUAUCCAAAAGUUUGCGGUGAUAAAUACUGUAGAUUGAGCAUUGACGUUGAAAAGAAUGAAACACAGGGACCAGUGGCUUGGUUUGCAGCUGAUCAUCAUGGAAUAAUAGAUAUCAAUGCAGUGGAUUCUAGCUCACGUCAAAAUGGCAUUCUACUUAGCCAAAUUAUGCCAAAUUCAUUCUUCAGAAUGUCGUUGAUUGGAGACAACGAUUUUAAAGUCCUCAAGCAUUACGAAAAUUCCGAAAUAAUACCACCAUUAUCUAUGGAAAGUUCAUGUAACAAAGAUUUAAUUGGCGUCUGUAUUUUGAUGAACAAAACUUUAAAAUGUUCACAGUAUAACAAUUCUGG